AUGGCGUCCCUCCACGCCUCCCUGAUGACGGCCUGCGGGCUGUCCCACCCCCAGCUGCGCGCCCAGGCGCACUGGACCGUCGCCACGGUCUGCGCGGCGCUGCUUGUCCGCAAGGUGGCCCGCCUGGAGUGCACCAACCCCGCCGCUGCAGCCGGUGCCGGCGUCGGCGCCGGCGACGCGUGGGUCUGUGCCGCGCGCGGCGCGCUGGGCGGGCGCCUGGGCCCGGCCCCGAGCGUGGGCCUGCUCUUGCUGGGCGGCCUGGCCGUGCUGGCGCUCCUGGGUUACCUGCUGUGGCGCGUGGUUCGCAAGGCGCCCGUCUACAUCCUCGAUUUCGCGGUGUACAACCCAGACCCCAGGUGA